AUGUCACUUCCUAAAGUGAUAUCAUCGUGCUGGCUGCGGGUGUACUCCAGGGCUUUGGUGGAGCCAAUUUUUGUCCCCAACGGGCUGAAUUGGGUCUACCUGAAGUCAUUCAUUGCUGCAAGCCUAAGUGUACUGACCUCAGAUGGCUGCUCUUUCUCUCCCAGCCCUGUGGGAGCCCCAUGCCUGCUGGGACCAACACUGGAGUAUGAGCAGUAUGAAACUGAUGGAACUGUGAAACGAGGCAACUCCCAGACGGCCCGAAAAAACCAGUGUGUAUCUGGGGUCACUGUGCAGCUGGAGAUGAGGAAUCUUUGGGAGGAGUUCAACAGCCUAGGCACGGAGAUGAUUGUCACCAAAGCAGGGCGGCGGAUGUUCCCCACUUUCCAGGUGAAGAUAUCAGGCAUGGACCCCUUGGCUGACUAUGUGUUGCUCAUGGACUUUGUACCUUUGGAUGACAAGAGAUACAGGUACGCCUUCCAUAGCUCUGCAUGGCUGGUAGCAGGCAAGGCUGAUCCUGCUACACCUGGCCGGGUUCAUUUUCACCCUGACUCCCCUGCCAAGGGAGGCCAGUGGAUGAGGCAAAUUGUCUCCUUUGACAAGCUCAAACUCACCAAUAACUUGAUGGAUGACAAUGGCCAUAUCAUCCUGAAUUCCAUGCACAGAUAUCAGCCCCGUUUCCAUGUAGUGGUGGUAGAUCCACGUCCAGAUAGUGAACGUUAUGCACAGGAGAAUUUCAAAUCCUUCAUCUUCACCGAGACUCAGUUCAUAGCAGUGACAGCCUAUCAGAACCAUCGGAUCACACAGCUGAAAAUUGCUAGCAAUCCCUUUGCAAAAGGGUUCCGGGAAUGUGAGCCAGAUGACUGGCCAGGUUCACCAGGCCAGCUACUAGGGUGCUUAUCUCGCAAUAGCGGAGCAACCUCCUCCACUCAGAUGCAGAAGAUUCCAGAGAAAGGCUUUACCAACAAUUGUCGUCUUCCUCCUUCCCUCCUCAGAGAAACUUCCCAUCUCCAUCACCCACCACUGGUGACACCUGCCAGCCUCCCAGAUGUGUGCAUUACUCGUCGACCCUUAAAUGAAUCAUCAGGGGCCUUGCCCUACAAGCACCUCUCCUAUCACAGCAUCUAUGUGGGAGCACGGGCCCAGGCAGCACCAUACACACUCCCUAGCAGUCGAGCCACUAGCUUCCAUGCUCUCAACAUCUAUGCUGCUGGUGGCUAUGAACAAUGAAGGACAGGGAUGGGGUAGACACAUUUGGCAUCUUCCUGCUGCUACCUCCCAGUCAAAUGAUCUAGGCCCAGAGUCACUUCAGCUUCCCUUUCCCUUUUGUAGUGUAUGUAAGCUCAUUCCACUGCCUGCUAAGGAGGGCUGACUACUCCACAGUUUGAGCUCCCCCACCCCCAAAGGCACUUUGCAACUGUACCGUAUGGACAGCACCAUCAACCCAAACCUGCAACUGACUCCCCCGCCCUCCUUCCAAGCAGUUUUGAAGUAUCUCUGAUUCUGUCCCUAGUAAAGGAACAUUAAAUGUG